AGGCUCGUGCCUCGCUGGGGGAACCAGAUGAAGCACAUCUGGACAGCUGUGCUAAGAAACUGUGCGGCCCCUUCGCGAGCCCGACGUCCGCUGGGCACGUCCCCCACGUCCUCUCCUGCUAGCCAUUUAUUUAUUCACUUUGCCAAAGAGGCAACCAGGGACCCAAGUUUAAAACUUUUUUCCCCCCCCUAAUGAGAGACGGGGCCAGAUCCCAUGCAACACACAGUUUAAUUUUCAUGGGGCUCUGGGAUCAAAAGAACACAAAGAGCAACAACAAAAGCUCAGCCGCUGUUUGAUUUUAAACUGGCAAAGUGGGGAAAAUAAAGUGUUGAGUAAACAGAUCAAGUUGGAUCAUGGGGAGUUUCUCAGGUCAUGCCCUCCCUGGAACCUUCUUUUUUGUUAUGGGUCUUUGGUGGAGUAUAAAGAGUAUUCUGAAAUAUGUCUGCAAAAAGCAAAAGCAGACCUGCUAUCUUGGUUCCAAAGCAUUAUUCCAUCGAGUAGAAAUUUUGGAAGGAUCUGUAUUAGUUGGCAUGGCUUUAACCGGCAUGGCUGGGGAGCAGUUUAUUCCUGGAGGGCCCCGCCUGACCUUAUAUAAGGAGGGCCAGUGGAACGAACUCAUGAGCUGGCAUCAUUUCACCAUGUAUUUCUUCUUUGGGCUGUUGGGCGUGGCAGACAUCUUAUGUUUCACCAUCCGUUCACUUCCCGCCUCAUUACCCAAGUUAAUGUUUUCAAAUGCAUUAUUUGUGGAGGCUUUUAUCUUCUACAACCACACUCAUGGCCGUGAAAUGCUGGACAUCUUUGUGCACCAGCUGCUGGUUUUGGUCAUCUUUUUGACAGGCCUGGUCACCUUCUUGGAGUUCCUCCUACGGAACAAUGUACUUCUGGAACUUCUGCGUUCAAGCCUCAUCCUGCUUCAGGGGAGCUGGUUCUGGCAGAUUGGUUUUGUCCUGUAUCCCCCCAGUGGAGCUCCUGCAUGGAAUCUGAUGGAUAAUGACAACGUUAUGUUUCUCACCAUAUGCUUUUGUUGGCAUUAUGCAUUAAGCUUUAUCAUCAUUGGAGUGAAUUAUGCUUUUGUCACCAGGUUGGUUAAGUCUAAACUUAAGAGGCUCUGCCCCUCAGAAGUUGGACUCCUAAAAAAUGUUGAGCGAGAACAAGAAUCAGAAGAAGAGAUGUGAUUUGGACGGACAUCCAGUCUUUCUAGAUAAACCUUUUCUUUUUUGGAUUGCUGUUCAUGGUUUUGUUUCUUGACCUUUUGUUUGGAGAGCUGGCUAAGGAUGUCUCUCAGUGUACUGUUUGUAUUUCCAAUUUUGUCGAAGUAUUUGAAUUUAAAUGUUUUAUUUUUAGCUCUGAACAUAUGUUGGGUGAUAAGUUCAUUUUGCACAUCAUACACAACAUACUAUUCAGGGGCUAGAGGGACUUUUUCCAGGUCAUCUACAGUUUCAUGCCCACAGUAUAAAAAAAAUUUGUUUUAUUUGCCUUAUAGAUAAGCUCAAGGUUUAGGGGCUUGUGACCAUCUGUAACUUGUUGAACAUGGAGUUACACUUGUUUGUCUUGUUGCUACAAUGAGAAAUAAAGGAAUACAUGCAACUUGGUGCAGACGCCU